AUGAAUUACGCAAAUUUUAAAGAAAUUCUACACAUACACAUUGGACAAGCCGGUGUGCAAGCCGCUAGCGCCUGUUGGGAAUUGUAUUGUCUUGAACACGGGAUAAGACCGGAUGGAGUUCUAGCAUUUCCUGAUAAUGAUAAUAGUUGUGGACAUUUUUUUAGUGAAACCGGUGCUGGAAAAUUCGUGCCUCGAGUUGUGAUGAUUGAUUUAGAGCCUACUCCCAUCGAUGAAAUUAGAACUGGUGUAUAUCGACAGCUCUUCCAUUCUUCUUCUCUAAUAACUGGUAAAGAAGAUGCUGCUAGCAACUUUGCACGCGGCUAUUUUGGCGUAGGUCGUGAAAUGUUGGAUGUGGCCUUGAACCGCAUUCGAUCAGUGACAGAAGAUUGUGAUAAUAUUCAGGGCUUUAUUGUAUUUCGAGCGUUUGGAGGGGGCACAGGUUCUGGUUUCACAGCUUUACUUCUGGAAAGUAUUUCGCGCGAUUUUGGGAAACUGUCCAAAAUAGAGUACGCGAUUUACCCAGCACCGAAAAUAUCUCCAAUUAUUGUCGAAUCUUAUAAUGCCGUUCUUACUUCCCACGCUUGUAUGAACACAGAAGACGUAUGUUUUCUUUUUGAUAAUGAGGCGUUGUAUGAUAUUCUAGCCAGAUCGUUAGAAGUACCGAGACCGACUUACACAAAUUUGAACAGACUUAUUGCCCAGGUUGUUUCCUGCAUGACUGCUUCGAUAAGAUUCAAAGGUUCUCUGAACGUAGAUCUCGUAGAAUUUAAAACAAACUUAAUUCCAUUUCCACGGAUACAUUUUCCAUUAGUAACAUUUGCGCCAUUUGUUUCACCUUCACGAGCAUGCCAUGAGACGAUGACAACAAAUCAACUAAUGAUGUCUUGUUUCGAACCGGCUAAUCAAAUGGUUAAGUGCGACCCGCGAAAAGGACAAUACAUAUCGUGCUGUUUGUUAUUUAGAGGAGAUGUAAAUCCAAAUGAUAUAAAUGCAACAAUUAACCACGUAAAGAACUCAAGAUCUAUCAAAUUCGUUUCUUGGUCACCUACCGGUUUUAAGAUUGGCUUAAAUUAUCAGCCACCUACAACCGUCCCGGGAGGAGAUCUGGCCGCAAUGCAAAGAGCUGCAGUAAUGGUUUCAAAUAGUUCCGCAAUACGUGUUGCUUGGGAAAGAAUUUGCAAAAAAUUUUCUGUGAUGUUUGCCAAACGUGCUUUUGUACACCAUUAUAUUGGCGAAGGCCUUGAAGAGGGUGAAUUCUCAAAUGCGCUGCAAAAUAUUAAAGCUUUGUCCAAUGACUAUAAAGAGAUAGAACUUUAGUAAUUAAUCGUAAAAUCACAAUUUCAAGUAGGUAAUUUCGAAUUCAAAUUUGA